AUGGCUUCAGCGGCAGAACAAGCAGAAAUCGCCAGCGUCGCGCAGACCCUCCUUGGAGGCAUGUUCAUUGAGAUCUCCCUCGCCGCAAUGUUGUACGGAAUCACAACAGCACAGGCGUACCUCUAUUGGUGGAAUUUCCCCAACGACGUCAAGAUUAUUAGGCGGACUGUUCUACUCAUAUGGUUACUGGAGACGUUACAUACGGCGUUCUGUCUGCAUAUGAUGUAUCACUAUGUGAUCACUGGUUUUGGCAAUCUGGUUACGGCAUCCCUUAUCAUCUGGAGUGCCGGGGCUACAGUGUUUACCGAGGUCACCAUUGCAGCGUUCGCACAAGGCUUCUUCAUCCGUCGUAUAUGGAUUCUGAGUCACAAGUCCAUCAUUGUCACCGCUAUACCGAGCGUAUUGCUGUUCAUCCGUGUCUGCAUGAGCUACGCUACCGGUGUUCUGACAUGGACGACCGCCACAUGGAAAGAAUUUGACCAGAACAAGGGCUCCUUCUUUACUGUGACCUGCGGUCUCAGUUUCGCCGCGGCGACAGAUCUGGCAGUUGCGGUAAUCCUCAUCUAUUACCUGCAAAGUAGCAGGACGGGUUUCCAAGGCACGGAUCACCUCAUCCGGUCGAUGCAAUCAUACGUUGUCAAUUCUGGGGCCCUGACAAUGGUGGUAUCGAUCAGCAUCGUGCUUACCUUUAUCUUCGUCAAGAACAGUCUCGUCUUCGCCGGGCUCGUGCAAGUUCAGGGAAAGCUUUACGCGAACUCGUUCCUCGCAACCCUGAACGCGCGCACACUCCGGCAAGGCGGGGGCAAGAGCACGAGCCAGGAUCCCAAUGCGAACUCAGUCGAGCUGACCUCCCGACGCCAGAUUCAGACCGAGCCAAAAGUACCUCGCCCCAUCGAGAUCUUCCAGCACGUUACCAGCGAUGUCAACGACGGGAAGGGCCCGACUUCGUUCACGCAUGUCGUCGACGACGACUACUCUUCGACCGGGAUGAAGUCGCAGUCACUCGUUUGA